AUGCGAACUUCUCUCCUCUGGCGACUUCAAAUGGCUAGCCGCCCGUUCUCAUUGGAGCGCAUCUUUGUCAUCAAUCUUGACCGCCGCCCUGAUCGGUGGACAGCAAUACAAGCAGUAUGUGCUCGUGCCGGUUUCCCAGCAGAGCGAACGGAGCGCGUUCCCGCCGUUGAAGGCUCUCGUCUCGAUGUGAACGCUGUGCACCGCUGCCGGUUUGUCUCUGCGCUGGGUCUGCGGCGACUGAAGGAGCCCCCGGAACACCACAUAUGGGGCAUGGACUUGAACAAGGCGGCGCUCGGGUGUGCGCUGAGUCACAUACACCUUUGGGCACGCAUUGCCGCUCUGGGUAAGGUGAGCAACGUUUCCGCGGAGGCGCCUGCGGCAGCGCUGCCCAAGCAAUGCUUUCUUGUGCUGGAAGAUGACUCGACAUUAGCGGAGAGCGACGACAGCGGCAGCAGCUCGCCCGCCGCAUCACCGUCGCAUCCGUUUCUCAACCAGCUUCAGCGCCGAAUGAAUAGUGUGCCGCCGGACUGGGAGCUUGUCUACGUGAGUGGCCUCGACACAGCAAGACAGUGCCCACACAUGCAGGUAGCCAAGGGCGUGGCGCGCGUCCCGCAGUACCAUCGAACGACGAACGCAUACCUGGUCACUCCGCAAGGCGCACGCCGGCUGCUCGCCACCUGUGUUCCCCUCACAUUCCAGCUCGACACUGUAAUGACAAUGAACGUGGGCUACCCCCCGGGUGUGGUCGGUGUCGCGGGUGCACAGACGCUGCCACACGUGCUUGAUCCGGUCUGCUACACUCUCCAACCGCCCCUCAUGCAGCAGGCCGCACAGCUUGGCACCGACAUCCAGCACUGA